AAAUUGAUUGCCUCUCAUCAAUUAAAGAAAACUAGACAUAACUUGGGAAAGGGAAAAAAAAUCCGCCAUGGCUGAUGAGCAGAGAAAUUGGAUUAUCUUUAUGCUGUUCUUUUCUUGUCUAGUAUAUUCCUCGUAUUCAUACCAGUUCGUGGUGGGAGGCAAAGAUGGAUGGAUCGUCAAACCUUCAGAAAACUACAAUCAAUGGGCUUCGAGGAUGCGCUUUCAAGUCAAUGACACUAUUCUGUUCAAAUACAAGAGCGGAUCGGAUUCGGUGUUGGUGGUGAACAAAGGCGACUACGACAGCUGCACCGUUGCGAAUCCUCUGCUCAAACUCGACGACGGGAAUUCAGUCUUCAAAUUCAACCGCUCUGGUCCUUUCUACUUCAUCAGCGGAAACAAGGCUAAUUGCGACCAGGGCCAGAAACUAAUCGUCGUCGUUUUAGCCAUCAGGACUCCGCCCAGCCCCUCUCCUCCCACAGGGAAAGGCGGAGCUCCUGGUUCUGGAGGUGGAGCUCCAGUGCCAGCUGGCUCUCCGUUAUCGCCAGGCCAUCCUGGUGGAGGAGCUGGCUCUCCGUCAUCGACAGGCCAACCUGCUGGUGGAGCUCCAGUGCCAGCUGGCUCUCCGUUAUCGCCAGGCCAUCCUGGUGGAGGAUCUGGCUCUCCGUCAUCGACGGGCCAUCUUGGUGGCGGAGGAGCUCCAGUGCCAGCUGGCUCUCCGUCAUCGACGGGCAUUCCUGCUGGUGGAGCUCCAGUGCCAGCUGGCUCUCCGUUAUCGCCAGGCCAUCCUGGUGGAGGAGCUGGCUCUCCGUCAUCGACGGGCCAUCCUGGUGGCGGAGUUCCAGUGCCAGCUGGCCAUCCUGGUGGCGGAGGAGUUCCAGUGCCAGCUGGCUCUCCGUCAUCGACGGGCAAUCCUGGUGGUGGAGCUCCGGUGCCAGCUGGCUACCCGUUAUCGCCGGGCCAACCUGGUGGAGCUCCGGUGCCAGCUGGCACUCCGUUGUCGCCAGGCCAGCCUGGUGGUCCGGUGCCGGCUGGCUCUCCCAGAUCACCGUCAGGAUCGCCUUCUCCGGGGGGUUCCGGAUCAGGGUUUGGGCCGGCUCCGGCAAGUGAUUUACCCGGAUCGCCUUCAUCGUCGACGACGCCGGGAUCACCGGGUUCUUCUGUGCCGGGAGCACCUGGCUCCUUGACGCCGGGAAGUGGGACGCCGGCGGACGUUAAUUCACCGCCGGGGUCGUUAUCGGCGCCACCGUGGAGUGGUUCGGUUUUGCUGAUGUCAGUGUUGAGUUUGGGUUUGGGCACAUUGAUAAUUUCACCCUAAAUAUUUAGCAUUUUCAUUUAAUUAUGAUUUGGUAGGAGUAUGUUGCGAUAUUUAUUAUUGUUGCUCUUAUUUGUUUGUAAUUCCGUCGAGUUUGUGUAUGAGAGCAUUUGUAUACAUUUUUUAAGUAUUUGUAUAGUGGGAUGCUUGUUAUUGUUGCUCUUGUUUGUUUGUAAUUCGUUCCAAGGUAUUUAUGAUAGAGUAUUUGUAUAUUGUUUCUUUUA